UGGACAAGAGAGGGUAUAUAUUAAUCUACCAGUUUGUAGUUCACGCUAUUUACUGACCUUACCUGCGAGAUUUACAAUACUGCUGUCUUUUUUCGCCAUGCUGUACCUUGUGCUUCUAGCGAUCACUGGCUGUGUGUCGGCCCGGCCAGGCUCCCGGAUUGCUGGGGGGACUCCGCUGACCCCCGGUGAGCUGCCUUACCUCGCCUCCGUGCAGCUCCACAGCUCCAACGCCUGGUACCAUCUGUGUGGAGGCACCCUCAUCAGCGAGACCAGAGUCCUCACCGCAGCUCACUGCAUCUCUGGCGCGGCAACAGACUACAGAAUCGUACUGGGGGAACACAGCCUGAGUCAAGUCGACGGAACGGAGGAGUACGCCUCUAUUGCGAGCUUUGUCACACAUCCCGACUACAACGGCAACGCUGCUGGUUUCCCCAACGACAUCGCCAUUGUUACUUUGGCAAACAACGCCGAUACCAGCAACAGCGCAAUUGGCAUCAUACCCCUCGCUGAUGCCGGAGCCGACUUCACCGGAGUCGAUUGUACCAUCUCUGGUUGGGGUAGCUUAGCUGGGUCAGUGGCACUUCAGGACACGCCGUCAAAAGCCACGUUCCCCGCCAUCUCUAACGCCGCCUGCGCCAGCCUGUGGGCCCCCGUCUCCAACACCAUCAUUCUCCCCAGCCACGUCUGCAUGGUCGGCACCGCGGGGCAAGCCGCGUGUCACUACGACAACGGGGGUCCGAUGGUGUGUAACGGCGUCCUCGUCGGCCUCAUCUCCUGGGGGGACAGCUCGUGCGAGGGGACGCUACCUGCCGUCAUGGCCAGUAUUCCGUACUUCCGCACCUGGAUCGAGGCUAACUAGGCGUCGCUGGACGCCUACAGCGACUAUGCUGACAACAUACAGUUCUACCUAUUCCCGACAAAAAGCAUUUUCUUCUUUCAAUUCAAGAUAAAAUAAAAUAAUAUAUAUUAUUAUAUAUUCCCUCUGUAA